GUCACUUCACUAGAAGCAGAAGCACAUUGCAGUUGCCAGUAAGGAAACAUUUUUAGUUUUUUUGUCUUUAAUAGGAAACUGACGGAUCUCUAGAGAAGCAUUGAUAUUAGAAAUUUAUUAUUUUUACUUGCUGACUGCCUUUUAAAUUUGUUGUGAAAACAUACGCAAUGUCAAGAGUUGCCAAUCUGUCGAAACUGCGGCAAGAGAGGAUGAGGGAGAUCAACCUGCGGAACAAAGAGAGAGAGCGCAUGAGGGAGCGAGAGAAAGCUGCGAGGGAGAGGGAGGCUCGCUACAGCAAUGGCCACCUCUUCACUUCACUGACAGUGUCAGGAACGACACUCUGUUCAGCAUGCAACAAAAGUAUUACUGCAAAAGAAGCACUCAGCUGCCCUACAUGCAAUGUUACUAUCCACAACCGAUGUCGAGACACUUUGCCAAACUGUGUCAAAAUGAAACAGCGGCAGCAGAAGAUGACCCUGAUGAGGAAUAAUGUUACACUGCGCACCAAAACCCCAGGGAUGCGUGAACGUCCAACUUCAGCCAUCUACCCUUCAGAGAGCUUCCGACAGUCUCUGUUGGGAUCCCGCCGUGGUCUCUCCAGCCUCUCCCUGUCCAAGAGUGUCUCCACCAACAACAUUGCAGGGAAUCUAAAUGAUGACUCUCCCUUGGGGCUACGCAGAAUUCUGUCUCAGUCCACAGACUCCCUCAGCUUCAGGAACAGAGCUAUGUCAGUGGAGUCACUCAAUGAUGAUGGAGACAUGUACUAUACUUCUGUACUGGAGGAGAUGGAGCUUGAAGGCCAGGACUUUCAGGCUGACUCGUGGAGCAUGGCUGUGGACAGCAGUUAUUUGCAGACACAUCGCAAAAAUAUCAUCAAGAGGCAGGAUGUCAUCUAUGAGCUCAUUCAAACAGAGCUGCACCAUAUGCGAACACUGCACAUCAUGGAAAGAGUGUUCCAACAGGGAAUGCUAGAGGAACUGCAGCUGGAGCCCAGCACCAUUCAUACCAUUUUCCCGUGCCUGGACCAGCUGAUCAGGAUACAUUCCAAUUUUCUGGCACAGCUUCUCCUGCGGCGUCACAACAGCCUGCAACCUGGAUCAUGCCACAACUUUACCAUUCACCAGCUGGGGGACAUACUACUCGAACAGUUCUCAGGCCAGUGUGCAGAUGACAUGCAGAAGACCUAUGCUGAGUUCUGUAGCCGCCAUUUGAAGGCUGUCAAACUGUACAAGGAACUUCUGGCUAGAGACAAAAGGUUCCAGUUGUUUAUACGGCGGAUGAGUCGAGGACCCUUGCUACGUUGCCAUGGUGUUCCAGAGUGCAUCUUGUUGGUGACUCAGCGGAUCUCCAAGUACCCUGUCCUUAUUCAGCGCAUUCUUGACAACACCACCGAUGAUGAAGAAGAAGCCUACUCUCUGGCACAGGCUCUCUUGAUGGUCAGAGAACUUCUUAGUUCAAUAGACCAACAGAUGGAGGAACUCGAGAAAACACAACAACUGCAAGAGAUCCAGGCCAAGCUGGACCCCCGGGCAGAAGCCAGAGUUAGGGAUGGUGGACUCUUUAAGCCUGGAGAGUUGCUCCGACGGAGGCUUGUCCACAAUGGCACCCUUUUUUGGAAAACCCCAGGAUCACGGCUCAAAGAUAUGCAGGUCUUAUUGAUGACAGACAUCCUGGUAUUUCUGCAGGAGAAAGACCAGAGGUACAUCUUUUCAUGCAUGGACAAACCUCCAGUACUGUCCCUUCAGAAUUUGAUAGUGAGGGAUAUAGCCAAUCAGGAACGUGGCAUGUUUCUCAUCAGUGACUCCUCCCCUCCUGAGAUGUAUGAAUUCCAUGCUGCCAGCAAGGAGGAUAAGAAUGUCUGGAUACGCCACAUCCAACACGCAGUCAGCAAGUGUCCAUCAAGAGAGGAGUUCCCGCUCAUAGAGACUGAACACAAGGCCCAUCUGAGGAGACUUAAAGCUGACCUCCAGCAGAAGGACCAGGAAAUGCUGGAGCUCUUGCAGGAGAGAGUGACUUUAUUCUGUGAGCUUGCAGAGGUGACCUGCGGUCAGGAGGGCCUACAGCCUCCCAUCACUCGUUACUUGUUCAGGGCAGACACACCACAAGCUCCCCGCGCAGAAAAACUCCUACUGGAUGCCACAGCUGAGGUGGACAGGUUAAGUGACCUUCUUCUGGGCUCCAGCUUGGACAUCCCUAUUUUGUGCCAUCACAACCAUAUGGAGGUGGUAGAAACCAGUGACCAAGAUCUGUUGGUCAAUGGAGUGCAUCAUUUCUUUGCAGCAAAGGAUUGCAUGAAGAGCCAAGACAAGCCAACACACAUGGAGAUCUGUCAGAGGCUGGUGAAUCUCAGUGUUUAUCUCCAUGCACUCCAGGCUGCCGUUAUCAAACAAGACUCAAUCUUGGAGCUGCUACUGCAGCCACAAGAUGCUGUGACACCAGCCCCAAGUGGAAUAUGGCGCCCUAUGGGGCGAGAUGGUGGACAUCGGGAGUGCACUGGAGGUUCGACCAUUGGAGAACUUGCUCUUUUACAGAGACAGCACAGCCUGCUGCAGGAGGAGUUGCUUAGGCUGCGGGAUGCUGAGAGCCGGUUCAAGGACAGUGAGAGAGCCCGAUGUAAGCUGGAGAAGCAGGUCCGACACAUGAAGGUCUGCAGUGGGGUGGCACUUGCUUCCCUACAGCAGGGGGAACAGGCUUCUCAACCUUUAUCAUUGAUGCCAGGAAGAGAGGUUUAUUCCCCACAAGCCAUUCAGGAACCUGUCCACCAAUCAGAUCACUUUCAGGAUGGCAGUGAUCUGGAGGGAGAUGUGACAUCAGAUGAUGAUGAUGGGACCACAUCAGAAGGCUCCAAAGAUCUUCAAGACAUUCCAGAGGAGAUGUAAUCCUAGGCAUGUUUCCAAGUGAUGAAGAGCUUAUAUAGCUAUAUAUGAUUAUGACCUAUUCCAAUGAGAAAAUGCUAUUGUUAUCGUGUUUUCCAGCAUAGUGACCACCAAUACACAUGUUAAUCCUAAGUUUUAGUAUUUAGUUAGCUGCUUUGCUGUUAAGUAGAUGGCUUGUGACAGCGGCUUGUUUAAGUUUUCAUUUCUGCUUUCCAUGAUUCUAUGAUCACUUGACCAAAGGAGUGUGGCAAACUGCAAAUGUGUGGCUCUGUCACCAGACACAGACAGUAACAAGCAUUAAGGCUUUGUCAUGACAGCAGUCAACACAAUGUUGCGAUACCCUUAUCCAAAAAAUCUUGUGCUCUAUUUACAAGGCUAAAAUAAAUAAAUUCACACCAGUAAAAAAUGAAUAGAGGUCACUAGGUCCUUUCACUAAAAUCAUUGCUGAGACCUGAGAUGUUUCCCACUCUUCUUUGAUUUCUACUUAUAGUUCUCUACACACAAUAGCUGAUGGAAUCUCAUUGGGUCUUUAGGUCCCUAAUAGGCACUUUGACAUGCUCACUAUUGUUGUAUUGUAUCCUGUACUUUCACAUGGUGUCUUUUAUUUUGUGAUACUACCUAUCCCACAUGCUGAUAUUGACCUUUGAAUUCGAAGGUUGGGCAGAUAUUUUUGAUUUUUAGCCGUUCAUAUAUCAUACAUAACAUAACAUAAGACCUUUAUUUUACAAAGAUCCAUUCCCUAGGUAGCCAAGAUACAGCACAUAAAAUUUCUAAUGAAUAGGAUGAUUAGUUUUUGUGUAACAGGUGGCCAAAAGUAGCAUUUUAGAAGUUCGCGAUGGAUAAAAUCUCAACUUUGUCAUUCUCUGUAACAUGCAAUUAUAAAUUUUAAGUAAAUAUUUUCACAUUUCUUAGGACUAUGGAUUCCUAUGAAAUGAUCCUGAAAAUUUCAGACCUCUAGCUCUUUUUGUUCAGAAGUUAUAGAAGCCUGAAAAUAGCCGAAAAUUUCAAGUCUUAAUUUUGGUCGCAAUUUUAGGGUACCCCCUACCUACUUCAAAUGGUCAUAACUUUGGAACUCUUUACAAUUAAGCCUUGCAAUUUUGGAUUUUUUCCAUCAUAUACAAUGCUCUAUGAGUAUGUAAAAAUUUUUAAAAAUCUGAGGGGGUCAGGUGGGGACCACUUGAUGAAAUGUUAUGUAAUGACCCUACUGUUUAGUUAGUUGUCUGCGGCACCUGGAUGCAUUAACAUCUGCGCAUGCCAUGCCAUACAAUCAUAGGCACAUAUACUUGUGUCCUAAAAUUUUAGUAUUGAUUAGCCUGUUAACUUAUGCAUUUACAGUCUGCAGUGUUGUUUUUUUUUUGUGGUUGUUUUUUUUUUUGCUAGCUAGUCCUUCUGCUUUAGCUGCUUUAGCUGCGGCUGUUACUUUUAGUCUUUAUUAUGUGUGUACAUUAUGAUAUUUCUGUAAUAUUCUGGUUUGCCCUUCAAUUGUGAAAUAUGCCAUGCUUUUGCUUGUAGAUUUGUCGGUGUUUGUGAUUGGUCAACUCUGCCUCUUUCAUAUGAACAUGCUCAUGGCCAGAUUGGCUUACUAACUUCGUAACCAGCUUAAUGAGACCUAUUAUCACAACUGCCUUUGUCAGGUUCAAUGAAGGAAGAAAACAAAAAGAUAACCUGGACAUGAUGAGCUUGCUUUGUAGUACAAGCCUUUGCAUCAGCUGUCAGUCAGAUUUAGUUUUGUGGCAUUGCUGUGUCCAUUUACACAGCUAUUCAGUCAAAAUCAUAAUAAGGGUGAUGUUGUUACCGCUGUUUCCUUUGACGUACCAGGUGAAUGAUGUGAAGUACUACACAUGACUAAAAGAUAAUGAUUUUAGCAGAUAAUGAAAACAUAUCUACUGCUGAAAGACAAUAAUUGGCACAGACAAACUUUAUUGUUCUAAAUCAAAAAUGAAUAGCCUUCUUGACAAGCAAUCUUCCAAAUGAAAAACUAAAAUGGAAUUUCUCAUUGUGUUCCAUUCUCUGAUCUCUGUCAGCAGACUUUGGCCAGUGUGUUUCUGUACCGUUAGAAAUUACUCUUACUAGAAUAAUUACAUUUUAUCUUUGACAUUGCUAUGGUUAAGGUGUGGUUUGGUAGGAAAAGUACUUCAGGGUUGAGAAAGGGAGAGGUAAACAAACAGAUGCAUGAUGACACAAAACAAACUUGGCAGAGGUUUGGGACAGAUCAGGGUCCUGAUUUUUACCUGAACUGAUUCAUAUAAUCUAUAAAAGCUGAGAGGAGUAAUACUAUUAAUAAAACUAAGUUAGCCAGUAGUGUAGUUUGGGUCAGUGACUUUGAUCUAUUUCUUGAAUCAUCAUUAACUUUUGCCAAACAGUAAAAUAAUUUCUCAAAACAAUCCUUACAAAAUGGCACCAUACAGUGGACUACCUGAAAAAGUCCACAAGUUUCUCAAAAUUAAUAUUAUUGUCGAAAAUCAUAUCAGUGAUAUUAGAAUGACAAGUCCCUGAGUCAUUGUUUAACAAGUUAAAAUGCUUAGCCAUGUCAAUAUACCACUCUUUAGAUGUAAGUAUUUUCUGAUGUAAUUUAUGACUAAGGUUUUGAUGAGGAUGACUGAAAAUGCACAAGGCUGCCCUUUUUAGUACAUCAGUCUCAACACUAUGAAAUUACACAUUACUGUAUGUGGGAGACUGAUUGCCAGAGACUGGACAGGAGUUACAUUUACAUUUUUGCUGUCAUUUGUUGACAGACUAUGUAAUUACUAUUGUAAUUACAUAGUCUUCUCUGUAUUCAGAGAAGAAAAGAUAGGACUGUUUUAGAGCACUGUGUAACACAAAGGGAAAAAACACAUCACAGUAGAUGCCUGCAGAGACUUGAUAAGACAUUUAAUUUCUGAGCUGCAUUGCAAAUGAAGAUAUCCCUUGGGAUUUAAAUGAAAAUCUGUGGCCCAACUGGCAAGUACAUCAGGAUGUGUAUCAAGACAGCACUGUAACUUGUCAUAACAGCUCUGCAUGUACAGCUCUGUCCCAGGGCUGUUCUUUGUGUUUAAUUUUUUUAAAUUUAGAAUCAGAAUCAGUUUUAUUGUCAUUAUGCAAUGCAAAAUGACAAUUGCACUGUGUUGAAAGACUGUGUCUUUCUUUUUUGUAUUGCAAUGAGUCAUGUAAUUAACUAAUGCUUAGGUUUUUUGUUUUGUGGGGCCUAUUAUUAUAAACGAGAUUAUUAUCAAUCUAAAGAAAAGCUAAUUAAAUUAAGCAAUUAGCAUCCAUCAAUGUACUGUUUUGUAGUGAUUUCCGGUGAUUCACGUCUAAAUGAUGAGUGGCUUUUUAAUCAGUAAAUUUGUAUGUGACUCUAUAGAUCCAUAUUUGUUUCUGUAAAUUUAGUCUUUAACUGGCCUAUCAAAAUUUGUACAACAACUUAGAAUUUUUAAAAAUAUAGUUGUUUCUAAAUAUCAAGUGGCUGCCUAUAGUCGGCGAUAGAGCACCAUUUUCAGAUGCCAACUAUGUGAACAUAUUCUGCAUGUGUGGAAUUCAUGUCAUGUCUGAGUCAGAAAACUUCCUUCAGAUGAAAGGCAUUUGUGGUACCAACUAAUAGUAUUCAGUCUGCAAGUUGACCUGCUACAGAACAAAGUCAGACAACUGCUUGGCUUAUAGCUUGUUGACUAGUUAACCUAGAAAUGUCUUCCUCAUCAUUUAGACAGGGAUUACAAGACAUUUAACAAGUCAUGCACUUCCCGAAUUAGUGGAUUUAGUGUAGAACAGAACCUUCCAAAACAAUGCAUGCAUAAAGGUAGAAAUUGACAAAUCUAUUUCCACUGAGUAAUUGCUAAGUUAAAUGUAUACAUGAUGAUGUACAAGUUACGGAUCAGACCUACAGAUAACAAUCACUUGCUAGUUGUUUGUGGAUUGUAUUGUAUAAGUUACAAAUUAGAGGCACAGAGAAUCAUAUUUCACAUGGCCACAACAGGUCCUUUUUGUAUAUCUUAAGACAUCACAAGUCAUUUCCAAAAUGAAGAUUAACAAAAUCAAUACAAUUCUGGUGAAUAAUAAGGGGAAAGAGUGAUUGGUUCUUUGUUGAUCAUACUGAUAGUUGACACUGCUUUAAACUAAAUGAGUGGUAAACCAGAAAUAAAAAUUGGACGGAUCUGAUCAUAUUGGCCGACACAACAGCAGUGCUUUGAUUUCAAAGUGGCCUCAGAAAAUUGUGCACACUCCUUCAUUAUUUUUAGUUAAAAAUACAUGAGACACAACCUCAAUUCCUGAUAUUUUUGGCAGAGUUAAUUAUUCCAUGCACAGAGAAACAUAUAUUUAAACUUAUGCGGCUUUCUGUGACAGAAUUUUGGGAUGUCUGAUGUAACAGUAGACUUAAAGGGGCUUUACAUUUUUGGUUAAUAGACGCUCAGUAUUCUGCUUGGUUAUUGCUUUGCAUGUUUUUAAAACUGUCUUAUCUGACUUAAAGAUCUAAUCGCUGUGGUGGCGCUCAGAUGUAAAACAUAACAAUGUCCGGAAACAAAAAAACAUUUUACAGAACGUAAUAAGAAAAUACAAAACACAAUAACAUUUUAGAAAUAUAAUGUUGUGUUUUUGGAAAAGUUGUCAUGUUUUGCACCUCAGGGGCACCAGAGUCAAUCUAACCUUCAGCUUUAAGCUUUAUUGUGUUUUGAUCCUUAAUUUUUAUGUAUAUAUGUACUUUUUGUAUGUAAGGGCUGAGUGGCUGUAGUCUGAUACUCUAUCUAGACAUAUCGAUCAGCCACAACAAUUAAUCCACUGACAAUUGAACCAUAUAACACUGGUCAUCUCAUUUUGAUGCCAUGAUCUCCUGUGAAACUUUUGUUUCUGUCAUUUGUGUGGAUGCUACCUUUCGGCACAUACCACCCACCAAACCUUUUUUCUAAUCUAAGUUCUCCCAUGGCACCACCUGAUGCAAAUAACUUCCCCAACAGGAUAAUGUGCAGGAAUGGCUCAAUGACCAUGACAAAAAAGCUUAAGGCAGUAUCCCGGCCACCAAACUGCCCUGAUCUCAAUCCAUAUAGUCAAAGUAUGUCCCAGAACGAGCCUGAUGCAUGAAAUCCCCACCCUACAACCUGUACAUUAUUAUGCAAGUGUUUCUAUGUUUUGGCUGAUCUAUCUAUACUGCAAAAUUUCCAUUAUUUACCAAACUUACAGUUGUCUGCCAAACAAAUUGUAUAUUUCUUUAAAGACAUACAGAUGUAUGCAAAUGUUUGCAUCCUCCACUCCCCAGAAUAAUUCUAUAUUUAAUUUUUUGAAGAGAAAAUUGUGUAAGGCAAACUCUGCAACAAACAAGCACUGACAUGUACAUGUACAAAACUAUGGUCACCCUACUCAGUCAGUACUUAGUAACCCUAAGUAAUGCUUUUAGUAAACAGUUAGGAAUCUCCUUGCUCUUGUUUCAGGAAUUUUUAGCCACUUCUCCUUACAGAUCACUUCAGUAGAAGUUGAAGCUGUAUGCACUUGAAUGUAUUUUUACAGGGGAAGGCCUCUGCUUUGUAGGCAUCAAUUACCUUCAUUUUCAGAUCCUCUGUCAUUUGCUUAGAGGAGCUCACAGGUGUUGAGUUUUUCUGCAGUUUUUGAACAUUCAGUAUAUCAACUCUGGAAUUGUUGUCACCUAGCAAUUCCUGGUUCCUGAUUCCAUGAUUUUUUUUUCGACUGCCUUACAAGUUCUAACAUACGAAUUAAGGCCCAACGAGUUGAAGUUCUGAAAGGAAGGGGAUACAACUUUUUCACAUGCCACAAUUAUUGUUUAAUUGUGUUCUCCUGCUGGGGUACAUAAAAUAACAAACAGUGCAUCCAAAUUUAAAUAAAGUUUCAUUUUAACCAUC